AUGGAGACCAAUUCUGUGCAACCCAACGCUGGGCCACGAGGCAAACGUGGUCCCCGGCCCGGUAGACCCAAUUACAGGCAUAUUCAUCGCCAUCCUCUUCCAGUCAAUGUGCUUUCUGUGCCUCCUGUAAUCCCUCAUAACCCUCUCUCAAUCAUUAGUGUUGCUCUCUCGUACCUUACCUUCCUGAUCUCCCCGCCCCGUCAAGAGGUCUACUCUGCAUAUUUCGACUCGGCUACUUCGUCCAUCCAUGUCACAGAUGAGCGUGCUAUCAAGGCUCUGUGGGAGAUGGGCUUCUUCGGCAAGGGUACUCUGAGUCGAAGUGAACCUAGCUGGCUGGAGCGAGAGAAGAAGAGGCGAGGUCUACUGGGAGGUAGUACUAGUGAGGAGGCGACCAGGAAACGCAGAACCGAGCGUCGCGAAUUGAAGCUAGAGCGCGCGAGGGUUGAGAAAGUCGCCAUCGAGGAAAGGCUGAAGGCCGAGGCUGCCGCCAAGGAGUCUGGCGAUGUUCUUCCUGCCGCCGAGGGCAGUACCAUUGGCGAGAAAUUCUCGGUCAAGAAGGCCAUGGAAGCCAGGUAUCGCCAUUCACGGUCCCAAACACCUGUGAAUGGGGAUGUCUCUGCACCAGCAGAUACGCCAGCGACGCCAAAUGGAAAGUCAGUACGCUUUUCGCACGUCAUUCAGGAGAAGGAAGUUGUCGCCAGUUCGGCUGCUUCACUCCAGCUUCCUGACUCUGUCCUUGACGAAGAUGAGACUGAAGAUGUUGUUCUUGAAAACGAGGAACAUCUCCAGAUCUCCAAUGAAGAGGCAUUCUUCCUCGCCUACAGCCUUGGCGUCCUACAAGUUUAUGACCGCGAAAACAAAAAGGUCAUUCCCAUUUCAUCUCUUUUCCCACUACUCUGCAACCAUUCUCACUUCCCUCCUCGCAAUGGCACCGCCGAAUUGAAGCCCGACGAUCCUUUCGUGACGUCUUAUGUGGUAUACCACCACUUCAGGUCCCUGGGAUGGGUUGUACGUUCCGGUGUGAAAUUUGGGACCGACUACCUACUUUACAACCGCGGACCAGUGUUCUCACACGCCGAGUUCGCCGUCAUCAUAUUACCUUCAUAUAGCCAUUCCUACUGGUCUGAGACCGAGGAGCGACGAGAGUACACCACCGCCCGACAAGCUCGCAGCUGGUGGUGGCUCCACUGCGUGAACCGCGUCCAGGCUCAAGUGAAAAAGAGUCUGGUCCUCUGCUACGUGGAAGUGCCGCCGCCUGCUGCUUCAUCUGGGGAUAUUGGGGCUAUAAUCAGCCGAUACAAGAUUCGGGAGUUCCUCUUGCGACGAUGGAUUCCCAACCGCAGUCGCGAUUAG